GUAAUUUACCACUAAAUCAACAUGCAGAACGAAGCUGGAGAGUUCGUGGAUAUGUACAUCCCAAGGAAAUGCUCUGCUAGCAACAGAAUCAUUGCUGCAAAAGACCAUGCUUCUAUCCAGCUGAACAUUGCUGAUGUUGAUGAGAGCACAGGACGUAUGACAGGUUCAAACACAACCUAUGCCAUCUGUGGAACAAUCAGAAGAAUGGGAGAGUCUGACGACUCCCUCAACAGGUUGGCCAAGAGGGACAACAUUCUUGCUAAGAACUUCUGAAGGAUGGAUGUCAACUACAUGUGACUUUUUCUUGUAAAUAAGGCUGAAUAAAGUCGAUGUAGGGAACAGAA